AUGAAUUCCAUACGGGGCCUACGGUGCUAUCGGCUACUGCUGAAGCCCAGGGUCUCUCUGCACUCGCCGAUACCCGCACGCCGCACCCUCAUCGCGCCCCCUCAGCCGAACAGCGGCCCUUUACUCUCACGACGAGCUGACCGAGAAUUACCUUCACUCGGCUCCCACAGACAAUGGCUACGCACUAUACCAAUAUUUCUUGCGAUAAUUGGCGUAUCAAGUCUGGCGAUAUUCAAUUACCAGAAGUCUUCGUCCAGCAUUGUUAGCAGUACGCUGUAUGCUCUACGACAUUCUCCCCAGGCCCGGGAGUUACUCGGUGAUGAGAUAUAUUUUGCACAGAAGAUACCAUGGAUAAGCGGGGAGAUGAACCAGCUCCAUGGCCGAAUUGACAUUUCAUUCUGGGUUAAGGGAACCCGCGGGAAGGGAAAGAUGCGAUUCAAGAGCAUAAGAGAAAGCAGAUUAGGCUACUUUGUUACCGAGGUAUGGAGCCUUGAGAUGGAAGAUGGUACGUCCGUGCCGCUACUCAACCACACCGAAGACGACCCAUUCAAAGGCGCAAUAUAA